UUCCCCAGCAGAGAAGUCGUCAUGUCUACUGUCUUCUCCUGUCUGGUGAAAACGUGGCAUGGGAACCGCUACUAAUGGUACCCUAACACACAUAAACAGGGCAUGAUUCCUUCCCCAGCCUGGCAUUGCUCUUCCUCUGUUUUCACACUGAAAUAACUCAGAAAUAACCCCCUGAGGUGAUUUCAGUGACUUGGUGUGUGUUUAGUGGUGUUGUGGGGUGUGCGAAAGGAACUUUCAGCGGUUGGAGUGGUAAACGUCACACGAAGUUGAGCCACAAACAAACAUUUAAAGGACUUAACUAACUGUUGUCUCUGGACGUGUGUAACCAUGUCUUUUCCAACUGUUAUACUCUAAGCUUUUAUGGAUGUGUAUAUUUGUAAUAAGGAAAACUCAGGCCUCUAAGACAGAGUGGCAGAUGGUAGAAUGAAUUAGGUUUAAUAAUAGCAAAAAGGGAACAACAAUCCACAUCAUAGCAGAAGAUUGUUGCAGUCUUAGACUGAAACACAGCGGGUACCGUAUAUACUUGAUACAUAAUGGUGCAAUACAAUUCCUAUGUGUGUAUACAUUCAUGUGAAUCGUCAGUGUGUCCUCGGUCCUUGGACCUUCAGUAACUAGCUCUGUCGUCGAUCAUUAUCAUCAGAUAUAUGAGAACAAUUUAUUAUAACAGACAGAAUCAAGUCUAGAGACAAUCAGCCCACACCUUCACACUAUAGACGUUUGUUAUCAUUUCCCCAUCACAAUAUGAAUUCUGAAUUCUAGGAUCAUUUCAUUGUCCUUCCAAUGAUCUUUGUUCACUUUAUUCUACGUUACUGAUACCACGGAUACUUACUUCUUACCUGGUACUAGAGGAAUGGUUGUGGAAUUAUAAUGGAUACCUUCUGGUACUUUCUUCAAAGAAUAUAACUGGUAACUAACUACCCGUUUUUCAUAGUGGUGCUUGAUAGACUGAUUCCUAGAGAAAGAGUAAUUCAAUGUUGUAAUUCCUAAGUUAUUAUUGUGUAAUGACUGUUUUAACCAUUUUUAAAGUAAAUCAGAGGUCAUUUCUUCACUGUAAAAUUGAAGGUACAUUUUGUGUUAUUGUUUUCUUUUACGGUGUGCUGCUCUGCCCUGCCUUACAAUAUAUCAACAUCUGUGUGACACGAGGUUGAUGUAUCAAAUACUGUACACAAUAACAUACCAACACAUUAUUGGCCUGGAUGUCACUUCAGACAGAGUUGAAUAUCAUAGUUUGCCAGAAUGAACAGAAGAAAAGUUUUACCCCAAAAUAGGUAUGUAUCCUGAUAAAAAGCAACAACAAAAAUAUGAAAAACCAAAGUGAUGGGGGAAAUCCAAGUGGAAAGGAACAGAGUGAAUUGAAUUUUUAAAAAUGUUAAUUUCAUGCAAGGAGUUACUUGUAACCGGACACCUGUACUAUAUAUAGCAGCUCUGAGAGCUGGGAAGUUAAGAGGGCUUCCUGUUUCCUGGGCGAGUGCACAUCCUUCUGGGACUCAGAGCAAGAGGAGUGGAUUUGAACUACAGAGAUCUUGAAAAGGUAAACAUGAACAUCCUACUGGUCCUGGUUCCUCUGCAGUUACUGGCUGUACCAUCACUUUCUCUAACGGCGCCCAGCAAUGACUACUGGGGGGAAUACGGAACCUAUGGGCCAUGCAGCCGCCCCUGUGGUACUGGAGUAGCCAUGAGGACCAGGCAAUGUAUUACUGCAAGGACAGAUGGAGGAAACAACUGCGUGGGAUCUUCAAAAUCUUACCGCACCUGUAAUACGCAGGCAUGUCCAGUGGGUUCCAGGGAUAUCCGUGAGGAGCAGUGUGCCCAGUUUAAUAGGAUGGACUUCCAGAGUAAACGAUACACCUGGCUGCCUUACCAUGGAGCGUCUAACCCAUGUGAGCUGAACUGCGUCCCCCGUGGAGAGAACUUCUUCUACAGACACAGGCCUGCCGUGGUGGACGGGACACCCUGCUAUGUGGGGCGCAGUGACAUCUGUAUCGCAGGCAUCUGCAGGGCGGUGAUCAACGAAGAGAUCCUCGGCAUGGACCGUGACGUGGCGCCGGCCCCUCCCGCUCCUGCCGCCAACUUGCGCCACCGUGAGUCCCUCACGUACGCCUACACAUACAGCGCCUGGUCCGAGUGCUCAGCCCCCUGCAACGGAGGCACACAGCACCGCAGUGUACAGUGCAUGGUCCAGGACUCGACGGCGCCCCACGUGGUGGAUGACUCUUACUGCGACUCCCAGGGACUACCCAGACCGGCCAGCCAGCAGGCCUGCAACCAGCAGCAGUGUGCCGAGUACAGUGUUUCCAGCUACAGUGUGUGCUCAGUGAGCUGUGGUGAUGGCCAGCAGACCAGGGAGGUGUUCUGUGUGGGGGCUGGAGGAGAGCGCCUUGGGGAGCAGGCCUGCAGCGGUCUGGCACGCCCACCCACAGUCCAGGCCUGCCGCAAACUAGCCUGCCAUACCCACAUCAGCUGGCAUGUCAAUGACUUCGGACUGUGCUCUAAGAAGUGUGGUGGAGGGGUGCGUGAGAGAAGGGUGGUGUGUAUGGACAUAGAACAGAACCCACAUGGGGAGGACAGAUGUUCCCCCCACCCCAGACCCCCCACUGUGGAGCACUGUAACACCCAGGCCUGCCAUGAAGCCCAGAUAGGUGUACCAAGUGUCCAUGACCCAAGAGGACAUGAUAGAACUCUGAGAGGAUUUGUGCCUUAUGACCCUUCAGCCACUAACACGGUGUAUGACCCUUACUCCACCACCGUGGUUGGUCCCCACUGUGCCCAGUCAUACUAUGGCUGCUGCCCGGACGGCCACACAUCUGCUGGUGGGCAUAGAGGAGAGGGCUGUCCCACAGAUGACUGUGAACGCACCCGGUACGGCUGCUGUCUGGAUGGGGUGACUACUGCUCAGGGUCAUGGAAGGGCAGGAUGUGCUGAUUACCAACCACGUGCGGACCACUCUGCCCCAGCUUAUGCUCAGUCCGGCCAUAUGUGCUCCCUGUCACGUGACGAUGGAUCCUGUGCCAACUGGACAUCCCGCUUCUACUACAACUCAGUCACUGGCAGCUGCACCCAGUUCUGGUAUGGCGGUUGCCAUGGCAACGCCAAUAACUUUGUGUCCAGGGACGUUUGCCAGAGGGAGUGUGGCGACGCCGUCGUGACACCACGACAGGCAUCACCACCCGCACGGUCUGGCAUGAGAGUAAGGGUGGGCGCGAGGGCGAGGGCGAGUGCAUACCGCGCCCGGUCUUAAGAGACACAGGAUGAAUGUGUUUCAGUCAUACAAACACCGUACAGAGGAAAGGAAAGAUAUGAAGUUUUCCAUAUAUUACUUCAUAUGUGAACAAACGUCUUCCAAAAUCUGACCUGCAACAUUUCCCUGUGCUUUCUGUCAUUGUUAAUAUCAAUAAACUGAACUGAACAAA